CUGAUUGACAUAAAGAUGCUGCAGUGUAAGAGGGUUAUAAAUGAACUACUUGAAACAGUGGACUUUGUUGCACCUAAUGAAAGAGUUGUUUUCAGAACUUGUGAAAGGGAGAGGCACCGUGUUGUCUUUCAAAUGGGUUCAGUAGAUGCUGAAAGAGCCCUGGCAGUAGCUAAGCUUGUAGAGAGUGAUGUAGCUGGUAUUGAUAUCAACAUGGGAUGCCCAAAAGAAUAUUCUACUAAGGGAGGUAUGGGAGCAGCACUGCUAUCUGAUCCUGACAAAAUAGAGUCUAUAUUGACUACCCUUGUGAAAGGGAUUUGUAAACCAGUAACCUGCAAAAUCCGCAUUUUGCCCUCAGUUGAGGAUACUGUGAAUCUGGUAAAGAGAAUAGAAAAAACUGGUAUUGCUGCCAUUGCAGUCCAUGGAAGGAAGAAGGAGGAGAGGCCUCAGCACCCUGUCCACUGUGAUGUGAUCAAAGCCAUAUCUGAAGCAGUCUCCAUUCCAGUAAUAGCAAAUGGAGGAUCUCAUGACUUCAUCAAAGAAUAUAUGGACAUUGAGACCUUCCAGCAAGCAACAGCUGCCUCAUCAGUAAUGAUAGCUCGUGCUGCCAUGUGGAACCCAUCUAUCUUCAGAAAAGAGGGCCUCUUCCCCUUGAAGGAAGUCAUGCAAGAUUACAUCAAAUAUGCAGUGAGAUACGAUAAUCACUAUACCAACACAAAAUACUGUUUGUGUCAGAUGUUAAGAGAACAGUUGGAAACUACUCAGGGUAAGAAGCUGCACGCUGCACAGUCCACACAGGAGAUCUGUGAAGCCUUUGAAAUGGCUGACUUCUAUGAAGAAACAACUGCUAUUUUCAAAGCAAAGAAAACAUCUUUGGAAACUGAGACACAAGACGAAGAUGACCAAAUGGAAGAUCCAGAUGUAAUAAAAAUGGCUGUUAGAUUUGACAAGCGAGAAUAUCCACCACAGAUUACUCCAAAAAUGUAUCUUCUGGAAUGGUGUAGGAAAGAAAAGCAUCCUCAGCCUGUUUAUGAAACUGUGAGUCAAUGA